AUGGCAAUCGGUUUAAAAGCUGAGGAUGUGGCCGGACCAAGGGAGUCAAAAGGUCUCGAGACAUCUAGUUUGCAGAUACGUGAAAUCACAGGGGACAUAGAUUCACAGUCCGAGAGCUCUGAUGACGCACAUGCCAUGAAAACAUCAACAAUACCGAAACCGCCGCUCGAAAGAACGCAACGACGGAAACGAGUCCUGCUGUCGACGGAGAGCGCCUUUGCCUCCAACUUUCUACCUCCCUUAAUCCACAGUCCUGAUAUCGAGCUUCGAUUAAUCACCGACGAAGAGUCUUCGGCCAUAUCGACAGGGGCAACUAAAGUCCCACAUUAUAUGGACUCGGUCGACAGUCAUACAUUUGACAACAGGAUGGGUUCACGGAGAUGGCUUCGAGCAAAAGCGGCGGAGUUGUGCGAAUGGGCAGAUUUGCUUAUCGUCGCUCCAAUCGAUGCCGGAACAUUGGGGUCGAUGCUGUACGGUCUUACGCAUACAUUGACUCUUUCAUUGCUUCGAGGAUGGGAUAUUAAUAAGCCUGUGUUUUUGGUUCCUGGUAUGACGGUUUCGGAAUGGACGAAUCCGUUGACCGAGCGACAGUUGCAAGAACUGGAACACAACUGGCCAUGGAUUAUGCGGAUACCUCCUUUGUUAUGGAGUCAUACUGGACCGGAGAAGUUGACGCAGUUCCCGUGGGAUGGAAGUUGCAUCUUUGAGAAUACGCUGCAGGGGAUUCUUGACUUGACCAGUGUUUCAGCUGAACAUGGUGGUAGUCAGUCAGAGCGAGAGCCAGAGGAAAAGCUUGAGGCGAAGAAUACUUCCAUGGCUAUUGCUAAACUCGCCCAACAAGCCACCAAGCAUCGCGAAGAAAGUCAAAGUGGCCGCCCCAAGUCUCUCCCUUUGGAACUGUGGCUGAACGUUUUCGUGGACCAUCUUGGGGACUGGGAAAUUGCAAAAGCAGUUGGCAUCCCGACCAAUCUUCCGGUUCCUAGAGAAUGGCAGUCUCAUAUAUUAAAGAUGUCGACGCCUCCAUCUUUAGAGUAUACUAUACUUCGGGGAUCAUUCACCGCCAUCACGUCAAAAAUCAAGGAACUCACUCCUUAUACGCCAUUGUCGAAUCUGGCAUGCCAUUUAAUAUUCAAAUUUUCAAGAACGGACAUCUUGACUUAUUUACUGGAAAAGCAUCCCAGUCUAUAUAGCACUACUACACGUUUCAAAAACAUACCAUAUCUCGCUUCUGCCAUCUACGGCAACCCGACUAUCCUGACAUGGUGGCGCGACUCUCCCGACUCCUCAACCCAGGAACACAGCGCCGACGCCAUCGACGGCGCUUCCCGAUCAGGACAUAUAAACGUCUUGGAUUGGUGGCUAUCCUCCGGCUCACCACUACGCUAUUCCGAACGUGCCCUAGAAUCAGCCAGUGCUGAAGGCCGCGUCGACGUUCUCGAAUGGUGGAAAAAUGCCUCCUUGACGGCAUCACGCCCCAUCCCCCUAAAAGUCGGCAAAUCAGUUCUCCUAGCCGCACAAUCCGGUAAAACGCAAUCCCUCGCCUGGUGGGACGCAUCAGGUAUUCCAUAUACACAUUCCGAGUCCGUGGCGCGCAUCGCCAGCACACACGGCCACAUCCACGUCCUUGAACUAUGGUAUCGCCUCAAGAGCACAAAAAUGAUCUUUGACAACCAGGUUCUUGUCGGGGCCACGCGAAGCGGACACGAUAAUGUCCUCGAAUGGUGGCGCAAAAGCGGGUUACGAGUUGAAUUCAAGACGUGCGAUAUUGAAGAGGCACUUGAGGACGCUGAUCCGUCUACACAUGCGGCGCAACGAGUGCGGCAGUGGUGGGCGCAGAAUGGGUUGAAUCUUGGUGUGGGUACGAGUGAGUGGAUGAAGGUUAAGGUGUUGGCAUGA